CCAUAAAAUGUAGUUAUAAAUGGUGACUUUUUAGAGAUAAAUAAAAGUUACCAAUUUAAUGUUGAUAAUUUAUCAUCGCUAAAAUGUUACAUAUAUGUUGACUUUUUAGUAUUAUUCAAAAGAUAGCAUUUUAUUGUUAACAUUUUACUAACAAUUUUGGGUUAACAUUUUGCUAAUAUUAUAGUAUUUCAUUUUGUUAUCAAUUUGUUGACAUUUAGAUGUUUUCAACCACAAAAAAGGCGGUAAACGCUGUACAAGCCGCCAUUUCGGAUAUAUAUAUAUAUAUAAACGCUCGAGUGUGAUGUGAACAACAUAACCUAAUAUUAUUUUGUCUUUUAAUUACUGUGAAAUAAUUUAUAAUAUAAUUUAUAGCUAUUGAUUAACAAUACUCAACGGUUCAUAAAAGGUAAAAUUUUAUAUAUAAGUAUGGAAAAUUUUCGACAGCGGAUACGAAAACCGCUUGAUUUGCUUGGACCACGACAACUAAAACGACGUACGCAACAAAUACUUGCACUGGAAUAUUUGUUAUCUAACUUAAAUAAUAAUAAUAAUAAUAACACUAACAUUAAUAUUUACAACAAUAACAAUAACGACAACGACCAUGACGACGAUAACAGUAGCCGCGAUUCAGACGUUUCAGAUGAUCCUAGCCGUUUUUCAGGAGCUGUCGAUCAAGCUAAUGAUGAGCCUUUGCCAUUGAUUGAUGGGCUUAACUUUUUUGAUCAACCAGUAACCCGAUCAGAGUAUUAGUUACUUAAUUUCCAUGUAAACAAUCAAGUUGCUAGUGGUGAUAAUGAUUCGAUUCUUACUGAGUUCAUAAAAGAGUGGCAUGUUAAAAAUAAAAUCACACGUGAAGCGACUGACGAACUUUUACGCAAACUUCAAUCAUAGUCUCAAGAACAAUGUUUCUAUGCAAAAUGAAUUUAAAGACAUGAUACGGAAAGCUGGUGGUCGCAAUGUACAAAAAGCCACUCGUUUUGCAUUGGAAUCAUUCAUUUCUGAUGAGUUGGCAAAACAAGUGACAUGGUCCGGAUUACACAGUGAGAUUAAAAUCUCAGCAUGUUUCUUCGUAGAAAUUAUUAGUGAAAUUUUAUUGAGCACUUUGAACGUUACAAAACCUGAUGUUGAACAUCAAAUGAAAGCCUGGUUUCAACGCGGUAGUGACCGAGCCAAUAAGAAUACCGAUCCUACAAAUGGUUCUGUCAAAAAGCAAAAAGUUGCCAAAUAAUUUGUAGUUACGAUCUUUAUAUUUACAAGUUGUUUUCAAAAAACUUUUUUUUAAUAGUAUAAAGAGUUUUCUGUUCUCUAAGCCUAAAUUAAUGAUCUCAAAACAUAAAAGUAAGCUUAUCAGAUAAAAAUAAAACUAUAAGUUAGUGUCACCAGUGCGCUAGUCACAACAACUAGUCUUGAUAUUAAGCUCACAAUUAUUAUUACUAUUAUUGUUAUUAAUAUAAAACCUAUGAAUGUUGUAAAGAAAUUGUUAAUAAAUUUAAGCAUUCCAAUUAUAAAAAA